AUGAUGGCUUUCAAACUAGAAGGGCCCCUGUCCUAUCGCCCACACACAUUCGGUGAGUCUAGCAGCCACUGGGGCUCUGAAGAAUCCCUUGACAGCCAGGACUCCGAGACACUGUCCAGUCUCUCUGACCAGAAGAGUGCCUGUCUGGAGUUCCAAGACUACCACUUCACGCCCAUAGCAGAAGCAGCCCAGGAUCUCAGAGAGCAGCUGGCCCAGUCCAUACUUCCUUUAAAAGAAGACUUCAAGAAGAUAAAAGAUGUGCAACAGGGGCUCUUGACAACCGCAGACUGCAUCCAACAACAGUCGUACCAAACCAAGAGACAGAUCCAGGACCAAUUCAUCAAACUGCACCAGUUUCUGUACGACGAAGAAGAAGCUCGGCUGAGGGUUCUGACUGAGGAAGAGGAGCAGAAGAUCCAGAGCAUGAAGGAGAAGAUGGUGGUGGUGAGCAGAGAGAUCGAACUUCUGUCAGAGACCAUCAGAACGACGGAGCAGCAAAUCGCAACCUCCGACGUCUCCUUCCUGCUCAAAUACAAAACAACAGUGGAAAGAGUCCAGCGAUGCCAACUGUUGGACGAACCUGAGCUAGGUCCAGACGCUCUGAUCGACCAGGCCAAACAUCUGGGCAACUUGGUCUACAACAUAUGGAGCAGCAUGAAGACAUUGGCGCGGUAUUCUCCCGUCAUUCUAGACCCAAACAAGUCCACCACGGAAAUCAUCUUGUCUGAAGAUCUGACCAGUUUCACCAGUGGGAACCAAAGAAAUCCCGGGGAAAAAGACGUCAACUGGGCUUUGGUGAUGGGCUCCGAGGGCUUCGAUCGCGGGUGCAGAAGUUGGGGAGUGGAGGUGGGGAACAGCGCAGAGUGGGCGCUGGGAGUCCUGACCGAUUCGCUGGAGAAGGACGGAGCCGAAGGAUGGAGCGUGGCUUUCUCAGACGACGAGUACGCGGCCGUCUUGAGCGAGAAAAACCUGAAGUCUCUGCAGCUGGACUCCAACCCGGUGAGGAUCCGGGUCUGCCUGGACUGCGACCGGCGAGAGCUGAGCUUCUACGACGCAGAUUCGGGCGCUUGCAUCCACUCGUUCGCACAAAUCAGCGACAAGAAGGUGUUCCCCUACUUUGCCACGGCCAAUAAGUACGAGAUCAAGAUUCAGCCGGAAGAUGUGCCGCUGGUCUAG